UUGUGGCAGCUGUCAAUCAAAUACGUCGGCGCUUUGGUAAAAUGCUACCCUGGAAUUUUUAUUUUUGGUGAAACCCUGAAUAUGGAGCAGUUUGUUUCAACCGUGAAACGUUUCACAGAGGACCUGCUGCAGAAACAACUAACAGAUUAUGACGAUGUAAUCGAGAAACUCUUCUCUGAAGUCUGUGGCUUAGAGACCUGCUUUAAAAUACCAGAUACACAGAUAGAAGAUUGUGCCAUCCAGCUGUGGAAUUGGGCAGUAACGAAGAAUAUUGGUGCUGUUAUAAGUAAAAGUCAAAAAGCUAAAGUGCGUCAUGUUGCAUGCAGUCUGAUGUACUUGUGUGAGUCUGACAGUCCAACAGAGGGCACCCUCCGCAAGCAGAUCCUGAUGGCCAGCAAAACAGGGAAAACCUGGCUGGACUGCAAAAAUCCCCAGAUGGCAGAUAAUUUCUUAAAUCUUGCUGUCAAGAGCCUAGAAAGCCUCUACAGCCAGCUAACAUCCAGAGGCGAUGCAGCAGCUGACAUCACCUCAUCCAUAGGGGAUGUGGAGAAGGAGCUACUUCGAAUUCUGUCAUUUCAGGCAGAAUCGGCUAUAACUCAAGGCAAUAACCAAGAGGCUGUGGCCUACAUACAGCGUUGUAAAGACAUGCUACUCCGGCUACCAAAGGAUACGGAAUACCUCUCUCUUAUGUGCUACAACUUUGGAUUAGAUACUUACAAUCUGAGGAAGUUUGAGGACAGUGCAUUUUGGCUGAGCCAAAGCUAUGAAAUUGGAAAACUUAAUGGGAAAUACAGCCCUGAAUCUGAAGUUCUGGCCAAAGUUUUGCGGCUCCUUGCCACAGUUUAUUUAGAGUGGGACACUCCGGGGUUUCAGGAGAAGGCUCUAAAUGCUGUCACCUUAGCAAACAAGGAGUGUGUGAGCAUAUUUGGACUGUACUUAAACAUCAGAAUCCUUCUGAAAUGUGGGGCCCCAGACAGUGAUAUCAGAUCAGGACUUAAUCAGGUGUUGGAGUUGCAGGUUUCUAUUGAAGUGUGUCUGAGCAUUGUGCAACUACUCAUUGCAGAAGAAAGAGAAGUGCUGGCAUUUGAGUAUUUGAAGCGUGUGUGUCAGCACUUUGAGUCGUCCCCUGUCCUGGGAUCGGCUCUUGUCUUACACAUCGAGCUGCUGCUGCAGAGAGGCAAGGAGCUGCUGGGCAAACAGAAGAUAGAGAAUAUCAUCACUGGCCACUAUACUGGUAAACAGCUGGCUCCACAGGCGCUCUCAAAUCUACAUGUCAUUCUGUGGGAUCAGGCAUCCAAACACUUUGAGGCCAGUAACUACUCAGAAGCUCUUCAGUGGUAUAACUACUCCCUGAGCUUCUUCAAGGCAGGUCACAUGGAGCCUAACUUAGCCAAACUACAGAGGAACAGAGCAUCAUGCUUCCUGCAACUUAAGCAGCUGGAAAAGGCUAAAGAAGCAAUUGAGGAAGCAGAGAGAUGUGACCCAGACAACAUCUUCACUCAGUUCAGCGUUUACAAGAUUGCUAUGCUUAGCUGUAAUGUGGAGAAAGCUGCAGAUGCACUGAAUGCAAUGGGACAUCUAUCCAAGUGUCCAGUAACCAGUGAGGACAAAGUGAUGGUAUCUCAGAGUGCAGCUUCCUAUCUCCUCAGUCUGGCUGCUCAGAUUGCUCUGGAGAAUGGACAGCAGGAAACUGCCUCAAAAGCACUGGAGGUGUUUUGUGAGAACUCCAAAGAUGAAGUUCAGGUUCUUACUGGUCUAAGGUGUUUGGUUCGGCUUGUGCUCUCCAUAACAGAAAAAUCCACCAAUGAGAUGAGGACUGUGGAUAUGGAUGCCCUGAUGUCAUAUUUAAAAAUGGCUCUGCAGGCACUUUCACACCAGUCUCACAUGACUGUUGAACUGCGCACAGAGGAAGCUAACUGGUUCAGAAAGAUUGCUUGGAACCUGGGUCUGCAGUGCGAGAGCAUCCCUGACAGGAUGAGGGAUUUCUUUGUGCUCUCCUACCAGCUCUCCCAGUUGUGCCCCCCUGACCGCACACUGCUCAUAGGCCAGAGGACUUGCCUGCUAAUGGCUGUUGCUGCUUCUUUGGAGCUCUCCAGAAAGUCUCCUCACUCCACCCAGACUGAGGAGCUCACUCAGGCUCUCGAGUAUAUUCAGACCUGCUUGGAGGUUUGGAGAACCCUGAAAACAUCAGGAAACUUUCCAGUGGACUCAACAGAAUCUCUGCUGCUGCUGUACGAAUUUGAAGCUCGUGCUAAACUAAAUGACCCAAAAGUAGAGACGAUGCUGGAGUCAGUUCUGGAGCUUGAAAAUGUUGAAGCCAAAGUGCUGGAGACCAUGGCAGCUUUAGCGAUGGAGCCUCCAGCCCACUUCCCUCAACUCUGUAAAAGGGCCCUGAGAAUUGCUCUCUCUCUGCACAAGAAGCAACCGCAGGCUAAUCUGGUCCACUGCAGCAAGUGCGUUCACAGUCUGAUCAAACUGUCCCUCCCAAGUGGUGUGUCAGAGGUGAAGGCCCAGGUCCUGGAGGAGGUGUGGGGCUACUACGAGGAGGCCCUGUCCAUCAUUACAGCCGAUCCGGACAACUUCCCAGAGAUGGAGAUCCUGUGGCUGCUGACUCAGGCUUGGAACACGGGGAUACUGUCGUACAGUCUGACUCAAUACCCCGAAGCUGAGAAGUGGUGUGGUCUCGCCAUGAGCUUCAUCCGCUACCUGGGAUCUCUACGGGAGAGCUAUGAAACACAGAUGUCUGGCCUGUACAGCGAGAUCCUGGACAAGUUGGACAAAGCUAAGAAAGACAACGUGAUGGCAGAAUAGCUGAGUGGAUAAACUGUGUUCACCUAGAGCCUUCUGUGUUCUGAUUAUUCACUUAAACAUAUUCAGUUUAAUCAGUUUCCAUUUUAGUUCAUCCAGUUUCACUGUGAUAUUGCUUAACAUGGACAUCAUUAAAUGCCAAACUACCA